GUUAUCGUCUCAAGGAUGGAGAUACAUAUCAUCACAAACAGAGCGUGCAGUUCGCUUUGUUGGUCUUUCAACAGCUUUAGCAAAUGCACAUGAUUUGGCUGACUGGCUGGGUGUUGAGGAUAUUGGUCUAUUCAAUUUCAAGCCUAGUGUGAGGCCUGUGCCUCUAGAAGUUCAUAUACAGGCAAGUGGAUACCCCGGGAAGUUCUACUGCCCAAGGAUGAACAGCAUGAAUAAGCCCACCUAUGCUGCCAUUUGCACUCAUUCUCCCACGAAACCCGUUCUGAUAUUUGUUUCAUCUCGUCGCCAGACAAGGCUUACUGCAUUGGACCUCAUUCAAUUUGCAGCUUCAGACGAGCAUCCUAGGCAGUUUCUACGUAUGCCAGAAGAAGCACUACAGAUGAUUCUUUCUCAGGUCUCUGAUCAGAACCUGAGACACACAUUACAAUUUGGCAUUGGGUUGCACCAUGCAGGACUCAAUGACAAGGAUAGAUCUCUAACCGAGGAACUUUUUGCAAACAACAAGAUUCAGGUAUUGGUCUGCACAAGCACAUUGGCAUGGGGUGUAAAUCUGCCAGCUCAUUUGGUUAUAAUUAAGGGAACAGAAUAUUAUGACGGAAAAGCGAAGCGAUAUGUGGAUUUUCCCAUCACAGAUAUCUUGCAAAUGAUGGGUCGUGCGGGGAGACCACAGUAUGAUCAACAUGGAAAAGCUGUCAUUCUUGUUCAUGAACCCAAAAAAAGCUUCUAUAAAAAGUUUCUGUAUGAACCAUUUCCAGUCGAAAGCAGUCUGAGGGAGCAGCUACAUGAGCACAUCAAUGCUGAGAUAGUUUCUGGAACAAUUUGUCAUAAAGAGGAUGCCUUGCAUUAUCUCACGUGGACUUAUUUGUUUCGGAGAUUGAUUGGUUUUUCUGAUGGUCCAGAAAGCUCAAGUUGGCAUGUUAAGUCAAAAUUUCAUGGAACCAUAACGGUUAACCCUGCAUAUUAUGGGUUAGAGGAUCCAGAACCCCACACUGUCAGUUCAUAUUUGUCAAGCUUAGUGCAAGACACAUUUGAAGAUUUGGAAGAUAGUGGAUGCAUCAAGAUCAAUGGAGACAGUGUAGAGCCUUUGAUGUUGGGUUCAAUUGCAUCUCAGUAUUACCUUAAAUACUUGACUGUGUCAAUGUUUGGUUCAAACAUAGGUCCAUAUACGUCACUUGAAGUUUUCCUUCACAUACUAUCUGGUGCUUCUGAGUACGAUGAGUUGCCUGUGCGACAUAAUGAGGUAAUUUCCAUAUUAUGA